ACUCCAAUCAUGUGCCUUUCGGCUUUUGGCUUUUUCAUGCAUUGUUCCUUUGGGAAACCUCAAGCAAGCCAUUCCUGAAUCUUCAUCACACACAUAUAUAUAAACUAAGACUACAAGCACAAAUGCAAGACAAAUUAAUACUACCCAAUUAUAAUCAUUUAUAGAAUUCACUAGAAUCAAUGGAUUUUUCUCUGCCAUUAUUGCCACGUUUGAUUCUUCCAUUUCUGCUGGUUGGUGGGGUGCUCGCAAAUAUAAUGACUACUGAUAUUAGCUUUGAUGAAAGUUAUGAGGUUACUUGGGGUUUUUAUCACGUCUUGUCUCUUAAUCAGGGAAGGCAAAUUCAGCUCUCCAUGGAUAAAUCUACUGGGUCUGGAUUUGCGUCCAAGCUAAACUUUGGUUCUGGAUUCUUUCAUUUAAGAAUGAAGCUACCUGGGAAAGACUCUGCAGGAGUUGUAACUGCUUUUUAUCUAGCUUCAAAUGGUAAUAAUCAUGAUGAGUUGGACUUUGAGUUCUUGGGAAACAAAGAAGGAAAGCCAAUCACUUUACAAACAAACGUGUUUUCAAAUGGUAUAGGGAAUAGAGAGCAAAGAAUUUAUCUUUGGUUCGACCCUGCUGUAGAUUUUCACAAUUACCAAGUCCUCUGGAACGAACAUCAGAUUGUAUUUUUUGUGGAUGAAACUCCCAUAAGAGUGUUCAAGAACAAAACAAAUGUUGGAGUAAGCCAUCCAUCAAAGCCAAUGCAAGUAGAGGCAAGCUUGUGGGAUGGAGAUGGUUGGGCAACAGAUGGAGGCAAAACAAAGACUAAUUGGAGCUAUGCUCCAUUUAAAGCUAAUUUCCAAGGGUUUGACAUCAGUGGCUGCUCAAUUCCUCAUGACUCAAACAAUAUUCUACCUUGUUAUUCUCCAAAGUACUGGUGGAAUUUGGAGAAAUAUUGGAAACUGAACUCUAUACAACAAAGGGCUUAUGAGAAUGUGAGAAACAAGUAUCUCACUUAUGACUAUUGUUUUGAUAAGCCUAGAUUUGCUAUACCUCCAUCAGAAUGCCCUCAAUAAUGAGCUUCAUUCGUUGUAACAAUAAGUUUGUGAAUAAUUUGGAGACCCCAAAAAUGAAAGCUUAGCAUAUUGUAACCA